AUGUCGGCAGGUGAUAUAUCAGCUAUAAAAACCAAAUCUACCAAAAAAAACAGAAGGAGAAAGAAGAGAAGAACAGCUGAUGUUUCAUCAUCAUCAGAUUCAUCAUCAGACUCAUCGUCAUUUUCUGAAAAUGAAGUAGAAGAAGUUACUAAAGAAACUGCUAAGGAGGCCAUCACUGAAGAUAGUAAUACCCACCAGGGUCUUUCUAAGAGUAAAAAUGAGGACGAAGAUAAAGACGUUGAAAUGGAAGUUUCUGAUGUCGAGCUAUCAGAUGAAGAAAAAGGCGAAGAUUUAAACCUAAACUCCAAAGAAAUAAUAGAUGAUUCCACUAAAAUCUCUUUAAGCAAACUUUCAGAACCCUCAAGAUCUCAAAAUAAAGACAAUUUCUUGAAUGCAUCGAAAAUUGCUGAAAACAUCAAAUUUGCAAGAAGCGAAUAUAACGGAUUGGCGGAAAAUUUCACACCAAGAGGGAAAGAAAAGAGUAAACUAAGAGAAGAAUAUCUAAACCUACUUUUUACAAACUACGGUGAUGACAUCAAUCGUCUUAGAUCGGCACCUGAUUUUACGAAUAAAUCGCUAUCCAUCUUGGCGGAUGUUCUGGAGGAAGGCAUAGGAAUGUUUGACAUUGGAGAACUAGAAUCGAUCCUGAAAAAUAAAGAAAUGGAGAAGUAG